AAUCGUUGCUGACUGGGACUCGUACAGAUCUCCUCUCGCACAGAGCUCCUCUUCUUCACGUCUGCUCGCCAGGAGUAGGUGAUGUCUCACCACGCGUCCCUGCUGCUCGCUGCCGCUCUACUCUGUGGUCUGGGAGCUCCCAGCUGGUCGACCUCGGAGCCCUACCACCCAGACAAAUGCACUUGCGUGGGUCCACCCGCGCCACGCGGGCUCCCCGGAUUUCCUGGGAUUCCGGGAUCACCUGGUCCAAUGGGGCCCCCUGGUCUACCUGGAAUUUCCUGUGAGAAGGGUGAGCAACGACUUCCAGGCUGCUCGGGAACCUCACCUUCGCCGCUUGCAUUCUCCGUCAAACUCUCCUCCACCUCGAAUGCUUCCAUCGGAGUCACCAUCACCGUGCCGCCGGGUGGCGUCUUCCCCUUCGACUCCGUCCUGGUCAACGGCCAGGGCAUCUACGACACCCACUCUAACAACUUCACGAGCCCCGUAGCCGGACUUUACUUUUUAUCCUUCCACCUCACCCUGGGAAGACGAAGAGAAGCAGGAGCGAGAGGAGCGUAUGUGAAUGUGCAGUUGGCGACGAGCAAGGCGGGCGUUGCCAGUCCGAAGGGGAAGACCGUGGCGAAUUUCGGCGGCAAGACUGACGAGGAGAUUUCUGGCAGCGCCGUGGUUGCGCUUGCCGCCGGGGACUCCGUGUGGCUGCGCGCGCACCAAGGGAACGCAGCCGAUGUGGUCAUUGUGCCCAGGGAGGGGGGGGACAGCGUCUUCUCCGGGUUCCUGCUCAGCUACUGA